AUGGCCUCUACAGCUCCGUCGUCCUCUGUCAAGCCGAUGACUUUCCAGGUUCUUGACAAAAUUGGAGGCCAGUUUUGCAACGACGAGGUGUUGGUUCGUCUUCUGCAUUUUUGGGAAGCCAGAAACUUCAAGAAAGGAAACGUGCUUAUGGGCGUGGAGGUCCUUCUUCUCGACUCUGAGGGUAACGCAGUUCAGGGAUUCAUCUCGGCAACCCGCCUCUUUCGCCACGAAGGCAAGCUCAAUCGCAACUCUGUUUACAAACUGAACAAGUUUGUGGUCAAACCAGCGAAGACACUUUACAGGGUUUCCGACCACAAACACACAAUCUGGUUUACAGACUUCACUACGAUGGUGCCGGUUCUUGAUGGAGAGCCUAACAUUGAGGCUCAGAAAUUCAGAAUCCCUACCACCGCUGAGACCGGGACAGAGGUUCCGGAGAACCUCCGGUCAAAAGACAGGGUCUUCCUGCACCUGCUUAUGCAAGAUGGCGAAUCCAUUCGCGUUAACCUCUGGGGAGACAUUGCCGCUGCUUUCCGUCAGAGAUGGAACACCAGCACUGUCCAGCCAACUGUUCUUCUUAUCACCACUGUGAAUCCAAAAACCAUUGGAGGUGCUGUUACGCUUAGCUCCACCUCUUCUACGAGACUCUACUUUGACGCCGACAUUGCCGAGACUCAAGAAUUCAUGACAAGGUUUGGUCCAGCCCAGGAGUCUAUGCCAACAGUGACCACCGCCAUUACUAAAUACGAGACGGUUGUUAGCUUCUACUGCAUCGCCACCGUCGUUGAUGUCCUCGGUCAAAAUGGCUGGCACUAUAUCUCCUGCACAUCCGCUAGAUGCAACACAAAACUGGCGAAGACUGAGACUUCCUUGUACUGUACCAAGUGCAGGAAGAUAAGCAACGUCGGACUAACCAGGUACCGUUUUGAAAUUUCCGUGCGUGACAUCAACGGGGAUGUUGGUUGUUUUGUCCUCUUCGACGAUGACGGCAGGGACAUAGCUGGGAGAAAUGCAGGAGAUGUCUUAAAUGACUCCAUCCAGAGUGCUGCUGAGGAGCAUCGCCUAGAGAUACUUACAACCACUCCGGAGUGCCUCAAACCAAUCAUUGGCCGCACCUACAAGUUCCAGAUCAAGUUGAAAGACUACAAUUUCACAGCAACAAGACAGACUUUCACUGUCUCCCGUAUUGUUACGGAGGUUGCUGAGGUGGAGAAAGUUGAUCCCUCAGAACCAGAUGGCACGCUGUCUGCACCGGAAACAGGGAAGCGUGGUCCUUCGGAAUCAGACGGCACACAUGCCGCAGAGGAAGUGGGUCAGAACAUGGGAGAGACAGCUAGCUUGGAAACGGUGGAUGCCGGUGGCAGCAAGAAGAAAGAGAAGCGUCCACGCCUUGAUGACUAA